AUGACUGCCUCACUCCUUACUCUAGAUGUCAAAGGCGCCUUUGAUUCUGUACUUCCUGGCAGACUGAUCCGCAGACUACGCGAGCAGGGCUGGCCUACCAAUCUCGUUCUCUGGAUUGCCUCCUUCGCUACUGGAAGAUCAGUUCAGAUCCGACUCGAUGGAGAGAUCGGCCCCUCAACAGACAUUACCUGCGGUCUUCCACAAGGAUCCCCAGUAUCUGGCAUUCUUUUCAUGCUCUACAUAGCGCCUCUAUUCCGUCUAGGAAACCCAAGGAACAGAUUUGGUUACGCGGACGACGCAGCCAACCUGGCGAUCUCAACUUCUCUUACUACUAAUUGCGAAGCCUUAUCAGACUCACUUCAAGAAGCUCUUAAUUGGGGCGCUGCAGAGGGCAUUACAUUUGCACCAGAUAAAUACGAGCUUCUUCACUUCUCCCGACAUAAAGCAGACCAGGACCCAACCCGCACACCUUCACUAACGUUCAAAUGGUACGUUAGAGAAACAGCAUCUAAAGCUCUCACUGUGGCCAACGCUCUUCGCUUUCUAGGGAAUACUGUUCGAGGAGUCAAACCUGAUUUACUACAGCAGGCUGUAUCAGCCUGUGUACUCCAUAAAGCAUACUAUGGCGCAGAAACCUGGUGGCCAGGACGUACUCGCCCUGGACCUUCCCAGAUUUUAAACCGAGUUAGAGAAUAUUUUGAGAAACUAACUAAAGUAAUACUAACAGGCGCAAGAGCAGUCCUUCCAGUCUUCCGCACAACCCCAAAGCCAGUCCUUUAUCGAGAGUCUGGAUUCUCUCCACCAGAAAUCGAACUAGAUCGAAUAGCCCUCCUUGCAACUGUCCGCCUAUGGCGUCUCGACCCUUAUCACCCACUUCGAAGAUGCGCAGAACAGAUCGCUAGUAAUGGCCGACAAAUCAGCCGAUUUGCUCGCCGUACACUGGCCCUCCCAAACUCUGAACAGAUAAACCCUCUCCAAUACGCUCCCUGGUACCCUCGCGAGCCUCGUGGGAAUGCUCAAGCUCGAAUAGGAGCUCCCAUGGGACGCACCAAGGAACAGGCAGCGGCUAAUUUCAUGGCUUUUCAACGUACCAUCCCUAGCUCAGAUAUUUUCCUCCGCUCCUCACUCUCAUACGGACACGGGAAAGAAGUCUUCGACGCAGAAGCAGAAGCAGCUCUAGCUGGCGCUCAAGCAGUAAUAGCGCUUCCUUACACCAAAAGCGGAUCUAUCCAAAUCCGAUGGGUCCCUGGACACGCUAAAAUCCCUGAGAACGAAGCGGCUGAUCUCGCUGCCAAAGAGGGAGCUGCCUCAAUCCCUCCUGAUCCUCACAAAUCCUCAUACGCCUCGCUAAAGAGAUACGCCAAGACUCAAUCCCUAUCCGCUGCUCAGUCACAAUGGGAGAAGGUGGCACCACAGAGCUAUCAAGAUCUAGAAAUAACCACUUCCCCUAAGCGCCCUGGGGAGCUUCAACUCAACCGACUUGACCUUGGCCAUGUUAUUGCGGCCUGUACUGAUCAUGGAGACUUUGCAGACUACUAUGAACGCUUCAAUCAUGAUGAUGCUUAUCUUCUCUACCAAUGCGGAGCACGAAAAGCACCUCUGCACUUCUUCUUCUGUCAUAUAGCUAAGAGACGAGCCCCUCGGCCUCCUGGGCCCCCUUCUGAGGUUAUCUCUUUUCUCUUAGGCACUGCUAAAGGAGCACAAAAGCUAGCCUCAUGGCUAGCAGAGACCCACUUCUAUGAGGAUAUCUGCCCUCGCCAACCUCUCCUUAGCACCUAG